UCCAAAUGCAGAAGUAAACAGAAAUGGUAUUAAGAUUGCUAUUAAAAUAUCUUGUAAAUAAUGAGCAAUUGGUCCAUCGACUGAGUCAAUCAUAUCCAGUUCGAAGGGCAGCUCAGUUAGCUGUUUUAUUUUACAUGAGAAGUAAACAUAUGAUGCAAGAAAAGGGUAUGGAUGGCACUUUAACUCCUGAGCAGUUUAAAGCUCUUAUAAGAAAUUUUCAACACAAUCUACAAAAAGAACUGAAGGAUGCUCAUGAGAAAUUUAAAAGCAGAAAAUUUUGAGUAGGCACUUGAUGAAUUUACAUAAUUAUAAAAAUUUCAAUAGCUUCAAAGAUAUGACUGACUUUUUUUAAAAGCAAAAUUAUCUUAAUAUGUGAUUGUAUUACAACACUUCAG